AUCAACAAUGAUGAAGUGUAUGUGUACGCAUGAAAUUACUCAUUCUUCCACGUGUCAAAAUGUAGUAGGCCAUGUUGGGUUACACUCUUCUUCUUCUUCCACUACAAAAUACCACCCUUCUGAUCAUUGUUAGCAGGUACACUCUCCAGGAGCACUGAAGGAGAAUUUGACAUAAUCAUGGCAACUAUGAGGGGUUCUUCUGUGGGUGCAUGCCUCAAUUUUCAGGGAAGAAGAGCUGAGCCUAAAGUUAAUUUGACUCAGUUGACUUUGCAUAAUAACCAGGCGUUUACUUAUGUUGGUUUGAGAUCUCUCAACAAGCUGCACGUGCGGUCAACAGCACGUGCUGCUACGUCGUCUUCUUCAAAGACGAGUGAGAAAAGUGGGAGUGGAAAGUUUAACGGGAAAAUAGUGUGUGGUGGAAUGAACUUGGUGUUUGUUGGAGCUGAAGUUGGACCUUGGAGUAAGACUGGUGGACUUGGUGAUGUUCUUGGUGGACUUCCACCUGUUUUGGCAGGAAAUGGGCACCGUGUUAUGACUGUGUCACCGCGUUAUGAUCAAUACAAGGAUGCAUGGGAUACUGAUGUAUCUGUUGAGCUCAAAGUUGGUGAUAGAAUUGAAACUGUGCGAUUCUUUCACUGUUAUAAGAGAGGAGUUGAUCGUGUUUUUGUGGAUCACCCACUUUUCCUUGAAAAGGUGUGGGGGAAGACCGAGUCAAAACUCUAUGGUCCUAAAACUGGAACUGAUUAUAAAGAUAAUCAACUUAGAUUCAGCUUGUUAUGUCAGGCCGCACUUGAGGCACCAAGGGUUUUGAACUUAAGCAGCAGCAAAUAUUUCUCAGGACCAUAUGGCGAAGAUGUAGUCUUCGUUGCCAAUGAUUGGCACACUGCUCUUCUUCCAUGCUACUUGAAAUCACUGUACAAGUCUAGGGGGCUUUACAAAAAUGCAAAGGUAGCAUUUUGUAUUCAUAACAUUGCCUACCAGGGAAGACAUGCCUUUUCAGACUUCGCUCUUCUCAACUUACCUGAUGAAUUCAGAAGCUCUUUUGACUUUAUUGACGGGUAUACUACACCUGUGAAGGGAAGGAAAAUCAAUUGGAUGAAGGCUGGAAUAUUAGAGUCCGACCGAGUGUUCACUGUAAGUCCACAUUAUGCCGAGGAACUUGUUUCCGGAGAAGACAGAGGUGUGGAAUUGGACAAUAUCAUUCGUUCAACUGGUAUCACUGGUAUUGUGAAUGGUAUGGAUAAUCGCGAGUGGAGUCCACAAACUGAUAGAUACAUAGAUGUACACUAUGAUGCAACAACUGUCACUGAAGCAAAAUCUCUGUUGAAAGAAGCUCUUCAAGCUGAGGUCGGAUUGCCUGUUGACAAGAGUAUCCCUUUGAUAGGAUUCAUUGGCAGGCUAGAAGAGCAGAAAGGUUCUGAUAUUCUUGUUGAAGCUAUCGCAAAGUUCAUUGACCAGAAUGUUCAGAUAAUAGUUCUUGGAACCGGCAAAAAGAUCAUGGAGAAGCAAAUUGAGCAGCUGGAGGUAACAUAUCCUGACAAGGCAAUCGGGGUAGCAAAAUUCAAUGGCCCCCUGGCUCACAAAAUAAUUGCUGGAGCUGACUUUAUAAUUAUCCCAAGUAGAUUUGAGCCUUGUGGUCUAGUUCAAUUGCAUGCCAUGCCAUAUGGAACGGUGCCCAUCGUUUCAUCAACUGGUGGUCUUGUUGACACUGUGAAAGAAGGCUAUACAGGAUUCCAUGCUGGAGCAUUCAACGUGGAGUGUGAAACUGUUGAUCCCGAUGAUGUAGAGAAGUUAGCAACUACCGUCAACAGAGCCCUUAAAACCUAUGGUACCCUAGCCAUGCAAGAGAUAAUCCAGAAUUGCAUGGCCCAAGACUUUUCGUGGAAGGGACCAGCCAAACUAUGGGAGAACGCACUGUUGAGCCUCGAGGUCGCAGGCAACGAACCUGGAAUAGAUGGAGAGGAGAUUGCUCCACUUGCAAAGGAAAAUGUGGCCACUCCAUGAGCAUCAAUAGGGAUAUAUAUCGUCAUUUUAGAUACGGUCAUUAAUAAAAAUCGUUAUCUAAAGUGCAUUAGCACAAGUGCAGUAAGACUGUAGGCGUAGCCGCAAGCUCGUAAAUCGUAGUUGAUGAAUGAGUUCUAACGAAGGAACCUAAUCGUUCUACCACGAAACUUAGUUGAAGGUCCUUUUUAAGCAACAUAUAUAUAGCUUAAACUAACUUAAGGUUUAUUUGGAAUAAGGUCUUGUAAGUAAUCAAUGAAAUUUGCAUAACAUAAGUUGUGCGAAGUUCAAAUGCAGUCUAAGUGAAUAAAGGCCUAUUCCAGGUUGUUUGAAAGUUA